CUCCCUUCCUUUCUCCUCCCACCGCCUGCCUACGGGGGCUGGAGGCGGAGGCAGCGAGCCCCAUUAUAACCAGAGCGAGAGAGCGCGCAGAGCUCCAGAGGCAGGGGGAUAACGCUGAGCUCCAUCCUCCAUCGCGUGGCCCCAGCAGCCUGCCCAGGCCCCUGCCCAGACCCUUCCACCCCAGCCAUGGCUCUGCUACCUCUCUCCUGGCUGCUCCGCGUGGCUGCCCUCUGCCAUCUGAUCAUCCUGCUGGCUGGACAGCACCAUAGUGUGAAGAAAUGCCAAAAUGAGUGCAACCAGUUGACCAAGAAACCAAUACCCGUGGCUUUGCUCAUCGGCUAUGAAAACACCCAGAAGUCGUGCAGCAGACAAGCCAUCAUCUUCAAGACCAAAAAGAACAAAUCCUUCUGUGCUGAUCCAAAUGAGAAAUGGGUCCAAGAAACUAAGGCACAUCUAGACAGCAUGACUGCUGCUCCAACUCAAAGUGGCAGCAAAUUUGAGAAGCAAAUUGCUGGUUCUAUGCCUAGAACCACUCCAGCCACCAGGAGAAUGAAUGAGUCUGCAGUCCUGGAGCCUGAAGCCACAGGGGGAAGCCACAGUCGGGAUACGACUCCUUCCCAGGAGGCACCAGGGACCUUAGGAACUUCUGCAGAACUGUCAAUGGGAGUGGCUGGUUCCUCAGGCACCAGGUUCCCUCCCACUUCAAAAGCUCAGGAUGGGAGACCUUCAGCCAGUCCUACGGGCACCGAGCCUUCCUCCAUGGCUGCCGUCUCCACUGCCACAACUUGGCAGAGUUCUGCUGCCUACCCACCUGGGUCUGGCCUCUGGACUGAGAGAAAGAUCUCUGAGGGCCCCUCCACCCAGGCCCCCCCAACCCAGGCACCCUCCACUCAGGCCCCCUCCACCCAGGCCCCCUCCACCCAGGCCUCUCCAACCCAGGCCCCCUCCACCCACGCCCCCACCAUUUCCCACCUAGACCAGGAGGAGAACACUGGAUCUGAAGACCAACCUGUGUCCACGGAGGGACAGAGCCCCAUUCCAGCUUCCACUUUCCAAGACUGGGGGCCUGGCACCACGGCCCAUGAUCCUGUGGUCCCUGUCUCUUCUGAAGGGAUCACCAACAGGGAGCCAGUGGCCUCAGGCAGCUGGGCCCCCAAGGCAGAGGAAAGCACACAUACCACUGGGGACCCCCAGAGUCUGCGUGUUCUCAUCAGUCCUGCCCCUGACCCUCAGGCAGCCACCCGGAGGCAGGCGGUAGGGCUGCUGGCCUUCCUGGGCCUGCUCUUCUGCCUGGGGGUGGUCAUGUUUGCCUACCAGAGCCUCCAGGGCUGUCCUCGCAGGGUGGCCGGAGAGAUGGUAGAAGGCCUUCGCUAUGUUCCCCGGAGCUGUGGCAGCAACUCCUAUGUCCUGGUGCCAGUGUGAGCUGCCCCCCUGCCUGCAUCCAGCCGUUUGACUCAGACAGCUGCCUGGGGUCCCCUGUUCUCAUACCUCCCUCACCCGAGGGCCUGACCGGAGUGGGGAGGUGUGGUUCUCCAGGUGUGAACUGCUCCCAACUCCCAGGCACACCCCAGGAGACCAGCUUUGACCAUUCUCAGACCAUGGAGACAGAGAGAGUAGCCUCCCAACUCAACCCAAAUCCCAAAACACUCCUCUGCUGCUAGCUGGUCAGAGGUUCCCUUUGACACCAUCCCCGUCCCAGUGGACGAUUAUUUAUUGAAUGCCCACCCCCCUGACCCACAUCUCCCUGUGGUACCAGGUCAUCCCAUCUCACAAAGCCCACUCCCCCUGACCUCAUCAUGUCUCUUGGUCCUGCUGCAGUCGCCAGUCACCCCGGCCACCUGCGGUGCUAUCUCCCCCAUCCUGUGUACACAGCCCAUGACCCAACUGGUGACAUGUCUUUUUUCUUGCAUGAAGCUAGUGUGGUGCUCCCUGGAACUACUCCAAGGGACAGCCUUGCCCUUUGUUAGGCAUUAUGGGAAGGGGGGGGAUAAAGCUAUUUGGUGGCUUUGAUCACUUCUGGGUCUAUGAUGUGCAGUGAAGGAACGUUGCCUCUGAGCCUGAAGGCAGGGUUCUAUCCCCAGAUCCCCCAUCGACCCAUCAAGGUAAUCCCAUCUGUGAAAGAAAAGAGGGAUGGCAGCUACGUGGCAAUGUCGGUGUCCCUGACAUCAUGCACGAAUUGAUCCCAAGACUUUUCUCCAGAGCUGGAUGCAACCCCACCAUCUUUAUCAGCAGAGCACCUUAGACGGUCACUGCCAAUGGCUCAGACUGCUCUUUGGAACUCGUGAUCCAGAGGCCUGCAAAGGAUUGGGUUGAUAGUGCAGGUCUUGCUGUGUGUGUUGCGGAACGGGAGUGGGUAGGGCAGAGUCCAGCUCUGAAGGUCCUUCCUAGUCUUGGACACUGAGACAGCCUGAGCUCUGCCCUGCCAGGAGGACCAGAGGGACAGGUGAGGGAGGAGAGAAGGCUAUGGGGACAUGCAAAAAGAGCCAGGAAAGAGCUUUAGGAGCAGCUGCUCACCUGAUGCUCCUUUAGGGCCUUAUGUAGGCAGCUGGGCCUCAUGUCCCCUUGGAUCCCAUAGCCCCACAUCCUUUCCUGCACCCUGGGUUCCCCUUCCAUCUUUCUCCUUCCCUGAAAACACUGUUCUCUGCCCUCCAAGACCUUCCUUCAUCUCUGUCCCCACUACAGUCAGGGCCAGAGAUUUCCAUGAUUUUUUCCAUGAGUCCCAUGUUUAUUUCUGGAAGGGACUCAUGGAGAGGCGGAGGGGCUGCAGGAGAGGGAAGCUGUGGGCAAAAAGUUAUGAGUUCCCUUUUUGGUUGUGCAGACUCCGGCAUGUCCAGAUAGGGCUGGAGCUGUCUGGGCUGGCUUGUCUGCAUGGCUCGAGCUGGGCCUGCAGACUUCGGGGUUCCCUGAUAUCAGCUCACCUUUCCCUCUAAUUUUUCCCAAGGGUGACCCCUCCACCGAAGGAGUUUCCUAGCCUAUGCUCCACCUAGGUGCCAGUGACACACUCCUUCACAAGAUGGGUGCUCUGAGGAAGAAGACACAGCUCUGGGCCACAGAGAAAGGGAAGCUGGGAGGCCAUGCCACCAUGCCACCCACCCACUGGGUGUUGCACCAUGAGUUUGGGAAGCUCAGGGCCUGGCCCAAGUGGAUCUGAAUGCACUUUGUUCUGGCUCCCCUAAGCUGGGGGAGCCUUCAAGGGUUGGGAAACCCAUGACGGGGCCCCCUUCCUUUAUGAGGAAGCUGCUGGGGGCAGCAUGUCCCCCUUCCAUGGACUUUGUAAGUUCCUGAAGCAGGACAUGGGCAGGGACAAUCUGGGGAAAGCUUUGGAAAGAGUAGGUCAAUCCUUUUACUUUUCCAACCCUCAUCAUGUCUGUGCCAUUUUGUAUUUUACUAAUAAAAUUUAAAAGUCUUGUGAAUC